CGCCAGGAAGCUAUCUCCGACAAGCCUUCUCCUUCUUCUCCCUCACGACGCACCGAUAUCCGACGGCUGAAAUCGGACGGUGGAUUAUCACCGAAACCUGGCCGUUGGAUGAAUUUGGCGGGCUUUUUCAAAUUCGAAGAUGCAAGAGAAUCAUGACUAGUUUAGCAUAUACGAGGCAACUGCAAUUAUUAUCCAUGUUCACGUUCUUUCCAUCGGUCGCGGAGGAGCGGUGGUGCAUGGUGACCGGCGGCAGGGGAUUUGCGGCGAGGCAUCUCGUGGAGAUGCUAUUACGCCGCGAGAUGUUCCAUGUGCGAAUCGCAGAUUUGGCACCGGCUAUGGAGCUCGAGCCUCGGGAGGAGAUCGGAGUUGUCGGAGAAGCCAUGAGGUCCAGUCGGGUUCAGUACAUCUCCGCUGAUCUUCGUGACAAAGCUCAAGUGUUCAGAGCUUGUAAGGGAGCUGAAGUCGUGUUUCACAUGGCGGCUCCAGAUUCAUCGAUCAACGAUUACCAGCUUCAGUACUCUAUUAAUGUGCAAGGGACGAAGAACGUCAUUGAAGCUUGCACCAAGCUCGGAGUGAAGAGACUGAUCUAUACGAGCUCUCCUGUCGCUGUGUUCGAUGGCAUCCAUUCCAUUUUGAAUGGCGACGAGUCACUGCCAUAUCCAUCUAAGCACAAUGACUCGUAUUCGGCGACCAAAGCUGAAGGAGAGGCUUUGGUCUUGAAGUCGAAUGGCAGUAACGGAUUACUCACCUGCUGUAUACGUCCUAGCGCCAUUUUCGGUCCUGGUGAUAGAUUAAUGGUUCCAUCGCUCGUUUCCCUGGCCAGAACGGUCACGUCCAAGUUCAUUAUAGGCGACUGGAACAAUCUGUACGAUUUCACUUACGUUGAAAACGUUGCACACGCCCUUUUUUGUGCUGAACGAGCUCUAGCUUCAGGAGGAGAAGUUUCUGAAAAGGCUUCAGGCCAGGCAUACUUCAUUACAAACAUGGAGCCGAUUAAGUUUUGGGAGUUCAUGUCUCGGAUUCUCGAAGGACUUGGCUAUGACAGGCCGAGAAUAAAGAUCCUGGGGUUUGUCAUGAUGCCGAUUGCGCAUCUGUUGGAACUGACAUAUGUAAUGUUCAGACAAUAUGGUAUGAAAGCACCGCAACUAACGCCUUCAAGAGUUCGCCUCGUCUCUCUAAACAACACGUUCGAUUGCUCCAAGGCGAAGGAUAGGCUUGGCUAUACGCCCAUUGUACCACUUGAGGAAGGUAUUCGGAGAACGAUAGACGCAUUCUCACACUUGAAAGCUGAGAAGAAUCAACUUCCAUUGACAGUGACCUCACCAUUGAACAUUUUUUUCCAGGUGUUGUCACUUAUGUUGGUAUUGAGUUUGGUCGGAGCCGUAUCACUUGAGAGGCUAUUCAUCACAGGGCUUCUAGUGGCAUUCAUGGCGGUUGUCGGCUACGUUAAAGAGGAGAAAAGAGAGUGAUUCAAUUCAUGAGGGAGCCGAAAUCGGAGAGAGACGACUAUGAAGGAUAACCUUUUCUCCAGCUUUCCGUUGGCUUUUUAAAAAAAAAAAUUAUGCAACAAUGUCCUCAAUUAGUGUGUUUGGAUUGAAACUCCAUAUGUGUAUAAGCACAUGUAUAUGUGUAAACGUAUAAGAAUGUAUAUGUACGUAAAUAUAUGUA